AUGGCGGUGCAGACGGAGGCAGUGGCCGCGGCAGCAGCGGGGGUAAGGGAGGCGGCGGCAGCGGCAGCGGCAGCGGCGGGGGCGGGGGCCGAGGGGGGGAGGAGGAGCCGCCGCCGCCACUGCCGGGAGCCGCCGCCGCCUCCGAGCCCUGAACCCCCGAGCGCUCCACUCGCUCUAGAUCCCCGCUCCCCCCCAAGCCCAGCCCAGCCCGGCCCGGCCCCCCGCUCCGCCCUCUCCUCCCCUGGCCUCGCCCUCACUUCAGCCCGCCCUCAGCAGCCGCCUCCUCUUCCUUCUGCUUCCCCUUCCCCUUCCCCUUCUCUUCAGGCCGCUGCCCGCGCGGGGCACACCGGGAACUGUGGUCCGCUCCGGCCCGCCGGCUUUGGGACGCCUGCGCCGGGCUGCCCGCCUGUCUACCUGCCCGCCCUCCCGCUCUGCCUGUCUAGCCCUCUUGCCCGACUGACUGCCUUUGCCCACGCUUGCGCCUGCGCCUGCGCCUGCGCCUGCGCCUGCGCCACCCCGCCGGCUACCGCGAGCCCGUUCCCCCCCCUCCCGACCGGCCUAUCCAAGGGGGAGAGGAGAGGGGGGCCGAGCGCGCAGGCGCGCCUCAGCCGCGAUUGGGUUUCGCCCCCAGGCUCAGGCCGCAGUCGCCCCAGUCGGGACUACAACCCCCAGACGCCUCUGCUGGGGGACGCAGGGAGGGGGGCUGCAGGGAUGGGGGCUUCCUGUUCACAUACAGCCUGGGCUUAGAUGGCCUCGGAGGUCCGUUGUUCCACCCGCCGUCACCUCCAGCCUCCGGGAGCCCGAGUCUUUUCCACCCAAGGCUUUGUCAGGAUUUGCCGGGCAGGGAAGACUUCGGGUGUCCGAGGCUUUGCCCGCUGGAGAGAGGAUGAGUGGGUGGGCAGAUGCUUCCACUCUUGGACCACCAUUACACCCAAAUGAAAAGCAUGACCUAGAGCCCGCAGGCACGAACGAACGCAGUGCCGUGACUCAGUGGCAGCGAGAGCUACUUGAGGACAGCUCUUUGUUUUGUUUUUGUUUUUUGCCUUAGGCUGCCCAGCACGUAUGCCCAGCACGGGUCCUGGCACGAAGCAGGUAGUCAAUAAAUAAAGGCUGGUUCAAUUUGAA